AUGUUCUACUUAUUUUCAUUUUUUCUUUUCUUAAUGUUUUCUUUCUGUCCUUUUUCUCUUCAAUCUCUUUUUCUCUUUUCUUUAUGCUUUUUUCCUUUUUUGCCGAUUUCUCUUUUUUUCUCUUUUUUCUUCAUUUUUUUUUUCGCUUAUUAUUUUUUUUCAUUUUUCAAAAUUCCUUCUUUUUCGUUUCAAUCUCUUGUCUACGUUUUUUUAAAUUUCUGUUCCAUUCACAUUCUUUUUCAUUUUGUUUAUUGCUUUUACUUUUCAAUUCAUUUUUUUCUAUUUUGUUCUUUUUCUUUCCUUUUUAUUCUUUUUCUUUCGUUCUUUUUUGUUCCAUUCUCUUUAAUUUCUUCUUAUUAUUCUUUUACGUUUAUUUAUAAUCCACAACCUUCUUUCUCUUUGUUUUCAUUCUAUUUUUCAUUGUUCUGUUUUUAUUCGGUUCCCCCUCAUUCUUUUUAUUCUAUUUCCAUAUCUCAACUUUAUUCUCUUUCUUUUGUCCUUUUUUCUGUCCCCCUCUCUUGUCUUUUAUUCUAUGUCCAUCUCUCUGCUUUAAUUUAUUCUUUUUCUUUUGUCCUUUUUCUCUUCUCCCUCUUUCUUUUUAUUCUAUUACCUUCUCUCACCUUCGUUUCAUAUUUCUUUUUCUUCUCUUCCUUCAGUUUGAUUUUCUUUCUUUUUAUUCUUUUUUUAUUUUGCAUAUUUACUUCCUUCUCCUUCUUUCUUUCUUUCUUUCUUUCUUUCUUUCUUUCUUUCUUUCUUUCUCUUUCUACUUAUUUUCUUACUUUCUUUUUUGUAUAUUUCAUGUUCUUUUCGUUUUUGUCUUUUUCAUUUAUAAUCUUUAUUUCUUCCUCUUUUUCUUUUUUCCUUUCUUUUAUUAUUUUGUAUUUUAUCAUUUGCGAUUCCUUUUCUUCAUUUCCUUCUCUUGCGCUAUGCUAA